AUGGAUGAGAUUCCAGAAGAAUCACGGGGCGCGACGGCAAGCUUCUUGGGAUGGAAGAUCUUGGGAAUUGGCGGGGAUAGAUAUGGAUUCGGUGGCAGUAUUAUUUGGACCGGGAUAGAAGCGUGGGCAACCUUCUAUUUCUCGCAAGGCAACCAGAUCUCGCACGCAGUGGAGAGUCUCGAUGAUUCCUCUGGGGUCGUGCUCCAUGUUGAUGACCGUUAA